AUGAAGUACAAUUGGCGAAAACGAGACUUGCUGCUAAGACCUAUUGGUUGGCAACCCAAUAGAUACUUAGCACGUAAGCUUCUCACUGCUGACGUCAAGAUUGAAGAGAUGAAAUGUUUGGUAGGGAUUGUGUUAGUCAGUGGCUAUUCCCAAGUGAGCAGAAGAAGAAUGUACUGGGAAAAUGCGUCUGACUCAAGAAAUAGUUUGAUUGCUUCAGCCUUGUCUCGAGAUAGAUUUAAACUAAUUUACUUUAAUAUUCAUGUUGCUGAUAAUCUAAACUUAGAUAGAUCCGAUAAAUUUGCAAAAAUGUGUCCUUUACUAAAAGUUUUAACUAUGAAGUCUCUUGAGCACUGUCCACAUAAGGAGAAUCAUAGUGUUGAUGAGGCUAUGGUCCCAUAUUUUGGUUUGGGAGGCAAGCCUAUAAGAUAUGAAUACAAAUUAUGGGUUGUUGCAACAUCAGGAGGUUACAUUGCGUGGUUUCAACCAUACCAAGGUACUUGUACAUUUACGAAUGCCCAAUAUUCCCAGCUUGGUCUUGGUGCAAGUGUGGUGUUGUCUUAUGCAGAUCAACUAGCAACAUUAGGCUAUGGAAAAAACUACCAUCUCUUCAUAGACAACUUUUACCGGUUUGCCUUUGGUUCAUGA